AUGAUGCCCUCGCACUUGUACUCUCUCAACUCGCCUAGCGGGUCUACGCCACAUCUCGCCUUCACAUCAUCUUCAUCUUCAUCGUCGCUCACUUCACUCCCAUCUCCAACUUCUUCAUUCAUUAACAAGUCUCGUGCCCGUAUCUCCGCCCCACCCCCACCUCGCCGCCGCACGGCCUCGACAUCCGCCACACUCGCUCCUCCCCCGCUCCCCACGGUCCUCGCGUCCCCCGACCCCGAGAACCGCGUCCGCACAGCCCGCCGCUCCGUUCAGUUCUCCAAGCAGUCCGGCGUCGUGAACUGGGCCCGCCCCAUUGCGCCCAACCACGAGAACGCGCCUGCCGUGCCCCCACUCCCCCCCUCCUCCUUCACAAUGCGUCCAACAGCCACCGCGCCACUGGACACGCCCACCUUUGGCGUGUCGCGCCGCACCUCGAAUACGGGCUCGCUCUCCUCGUCGUCGGGCGAAGACGAGCUCCCCACCACCCCCCGCCUCCCUCCCGGUGCCGUGCCACCAGAGCCCCGUGCCUGGGCCGUGUCUGCGGACCUCAAGGGGCUAGGCGUAUCGAAUGUUCCCCUGCCUAAAAUCAGCUCCGUCCCUCCUCCGCAGCACCCCGAGCUCAUUGCGCGCGACUCGGAGGACUCGCUGGCGUCUGAAGCCGGCAGCCUCGGUGGGGAGUCGACGACGACAGCCGCCUCCUCGUCGCCCUCGACGCCCACCCGCCUCUUUUUCGUCUCCGAGAGCUUCGACGCCCUCUCGAAGCCCACGAGCCUCGAAGAGCUCUCGCGCCUCCGCGCCGCCGCGAAGCAGCUCGACCUCGAGUCCCAACGCUUGCGGCGGCACCGGGGCCAAGACCCGGCACAAGUGCGGCGCCUGCGGCGCAAAGCCGUGCCGCAGCUAACGGAGGCGGACUUGGCGCCGGCAGACCCGGCGCCACGGCCCCGGCCGCGCGCCGCGCUCCGGCACUCCCUCAUCGCGCCGCCCGGAUACUCGUUCCGCGUCGACGACGAGCCGCCGCGCGACCACCCCUUCGUGGCACAAGCCACGACGCUGGCCGAAGCCCGCGCGAUCGCAAAGCUCAAAAGCCAGGCGGCGGACGGGCUCGGCGCCAUCGUCCCGCCCCCGUCCGCCGCGGCGCGCCGCCAAGCCUUCUACUCGCAGGGCAAGGCCGCGCAGUCCGUCAUCGAGUUCAGUCCGCGCAAGAGCGCAUGGACGCCGCCGCCCUUCCUCGCCGCCCGCGCCAACGCGAGCGCUCACGCAGGGCACACCCCCGCGUCGCCCGCCGCCCCAGGCCCCCCCGUCACGGUUCUCCCUGCCCCGCUCCCCGUCCCCGGCCCCGGCCCCGGCCCCGGCCUCGAGAGCGACGCCCUCCCCUCGCCCACGCGCAAGGCGUCCCACAGCUUCCUCAAAAACAAGAAACUCUCGCGCUUGUUCGGCAAGGCCGCGGCAUAG